AUGUCGACCGAGGAAUUCGAGUCACUACCUCCAGCAGUCCGAAGAAAAUUCUUCUCGAAUGUCGAGCGGUUGCGUAUUCGGCUAGCUCAGAGCGAUCACAGUUCCCCUUCUUGCUCGACGUCAAGCUACCAGACCGAUAAUCGGGUCUAUCAAGCCCCUCGUCUUGGGUCGGACUAUCACUCGCUCGGGUUACGGAACGGAUCUAGGAAGCGAGGGCUCGAGAAACGUUCUUCUCCUUCCACGAAAUUACGCAAACCCGGCUCUCUUCAAUUGGCCUACCUGGCCGCCCAGGCGGACUCUCAAUGCUUCCACACUCUCCCCGCUAAGAUCCAACAAAAGCUUUUCUCUCCCGAGGAACGUAGACGUCUGAGGAACACAUAUCGACAAAGUCUUAUCUACGACGCGGCCGACGAAGCUUACUGUCGAGAUUCCGGCCGAGAUUUUGGGAACUCUCGCUCUCCCUUUGUUGCUCCCCCCUCUCAGACAACUGUAGCUUUUGUUCAGCCCUCGACCAUCUUCUAUCCAGACUCCGAAUCAGACGAAGAAGACCCAAACAUGGAUCAAACCUUCCAUGACAGUUUUCGGUGGAUCGACGAGGAUGGCGAUCUCGACUUGUCUCUCGAUGAGUACCACGCUCAUGUGUCAGAUGCUGCCACGAAAAAGCAACCCCGCUCUUCUUUCCGCCGCUCCUUAUCUUUUUCCAACCACCUUCGCAAAACAUUAGAGAUCACACCCGCUUCAGCGUGGGGACUGCCGCGCGUUAGCCAGUCUCAGCCUCCCACACCUCUCCCCAAUCGAACCCCCGAAUCACGCCCAUCAUCCAAUCACCGAUUUCAACAUGCUCCCAAAUCACUCGCCUCGAGCAUCGACCCCUGUGCGCAAUACUACCAAGACCCCGAUGCUCGUUUGAAAUUGCGCGUGUACCUGGCAUCGCCACAAAAGUUCGACGAAGCCAUCGAAUUCGGGUUUCCGUCGCUGGACCAUAACAAUAAGGAGAGUUUCGGCCCAGAGCCAAUUACACCGCAACCCGCCUCCCCAAAAUUUACCCUGGUGAACUCGGACUUUGGCACAUUCUUUGAGGAUGACGAUGGUACCAUGGUGGGGAGCCCGGGGGGAUCGGUAGAAAGUGAACCGAUUCCUUCGUCCGUGCUCACACACCGGGACGCGUUCCGACCCUUUACAGAAUCGUCAACUCUUUUGCAACGACCCCAAUCCUGGAUGCCUGGGGCCAAGGGAGUCCCACAACGGCUUCCGGGAAACCGUGAGAUGACUCUCAAAAUGACACUCACUCGACCUGACCUCCGCACCAACUCCCCCACUCCUUCUGCUUCUUCCAAAGGAAAAGAAGAUCCCUUGCGAUUGGCUGAACUUCCACCCGCGGAUCGUAGCCAGUCAAUUUGGGACUCCGACUUGGACGACCAAGGUAUGGUGAGGAAGAUGUGGCGCAAGCUCCGAUGCCGAGUUUGA